AUGGCUUCUCCUAUUCAUCCUGCUGUCACUAUUACCAACAUCAAAGCCCUAAUCCCCAUUACCCUAGACAUUGAAAACGGCCAUUAUACUGCUUGGUCGGAAUUAUUCAAGAUCCACUGCAUCUCCUACGAUGUCUAUGAUCAUCUUCAGCCGAAGAAACCUGCUGAUACGUCUUCUUCUUCCGAUAAAGAUCAAGCCAAAGACAAGACUAUGCCUUCUCCGUCGUGGGAACGCCUUGACUCCAUUGUUUUACAAUGGAUUUAUGGGACGAUUUCCACCGAUCUUCUUCACACCAUCUUGAAACCCAACACUAACGCUCAUGCUACUUGGACGGCUUUGGCAAAUAUCUUUCAAGACAACAAGGCCACGCGUACCAUCGAUCUUAAUAACAAGUUCGCCAACACUCGUCUUGACCAAUUUCCCACCAUGACGGCCUACUGCCAAGCACUCAAGGUAAUUUAUGACCAACUCACUAAUGUUGGUUCCCCUAUCACUGAAGAACAGUUCGUUUUGCAACUUCUUAUGGGGCUUACGGAACAGUACGAGAGCACGGCCACUAUCAUUCAAUAA